CCCAUAUAAACUCCCAACAAAAACCCAACCGAACAAAUCUUCCUUCUUUUUCAUCUCAAAAGAAAUUUUAUUUAUUCUUUAAUUGAUUAUAUUUCUGAUAAAUUUCAUCAAAGAUGGCGGAACCUAAGAGCAAAUUUGAAUCUAUUAGGGAGUGGGUCUCGGAACAUAAGCUUCGAACUGUUGGGACUCUUUGGCUUAGCGGAAUUGCGGGUUCAAUCGCAUACAACUGGUCGCAGCCUAAUAUGAAAACAAGUGUUAAGAUUAUUCAUGCUAGGCUGCACGCACAGGCUCUUACGCUAGCUGCAUUGGCGGGCGCAGCGGUGGUUGAAUACUACGACCAUAGAACAGGAAAAAAGGCCGAUCACUAUGCCAAGUUCCUUCAAAAUUCUUAUCCUCACAAGGACUAAAAAGUGCCGUUUUUAAUAGAACAUGCAUCUGUGGAACGUCCUUUAGGGAUAGUAGACAGAGAAGAAAUAAAAGUAUUUGUCAGCAAGUAUUUACACAUUUUCCCAGGAGCUCUAUUGAGUUAGUUUUGCAAUGGUAUAGUUAGCUGUUAUAAGGAUGUGCAGGGAGAGACACCUGAGUGCUGAGACAAGUCCUAAUUAUUGAUUUUACUAACCAAGAGUUUGUUUAGAAGUGAUAGGCUUCUUUUCUUCUUGGCCGCCAUAUUUUGGACAAUGUUCUUGAUGCUUUUGAAUGAUUGAAACCUAUUUUAUCAAUUUUCUGUAUUGUGAAAUGUGAAUGAAAAAUAAUAGCGCUUCGCAGCAA